UUGACGAAAACACCUUAGGUUUUGAUGUUCUUUAAAAAUGGAAAAUGUAUAUAUAUAUAGAGUUUUGUUUACUUAUUGUAAAUACAGUGCUUUAUAUAAAAUGUAAAAAGAAUAAAAAAUGGGUACAAAGAUACUGAUAGAUAUCCACAAUGAUCUGAAAUUAUUAAUUGCCGCAAUCAGUGGUUUCGAGGAAGGAGAAGAAGGAUUUCAAAUUUGCGAACGUUUUGCCUUGUCUCAAAUCAAGCAUCACCGUUACUUGUCAGUAAACAGCCAUGCAGUCAAGAAAGAAAUCGAAGAGAUCACUCAGAAGUUUCUCAUCCACGGGAAAUACGACGUUGCGAAGGAGUUUCAAGAACUGGUGCGAACUUUUUUGACGAGUUUUGAUUUUGAAAGACAUCCUCAAUAUGACUUACAAUGGUCUCUGCUUUCAUUGCUAUUAAAUCUAUCCAAUGAAACAAAUAAGUCUGAGGUUAGUACUUCAUAUCUAAGUCGAGAUCGAAGUCAAAAUGUAUCUAUCACUGCUGAGGAUGACAUGUCUGAGGAGAUUGACUGGGCACAGUAUUUAAAGGAAGGUCAAGCAGAAUUUUUUUGCAACUAUGAAAGUGACAGUGACAGUGAUUGGUCCACUGAUGAGAAUGAUGGCCAAAUAGAUCUCUCGAUACAGAGCAAUCAAAAAGCAUCCACAUCAAGAAAAGAUGAGUUGCCCACAAUAGCAGAUACAAUCAAAGUUACAGAUAGCAAAACUUCAAAUAGUUUGCCACAAGACAUUGUAUCCAAAAACUGGUUGAAGAAAAAUGUACAGAAUACUUGGUGGAAUGAACUCGAUUGGCACCAAUAUAAAGUUGCGAGUGAGUUUGAAACUGCUCAUUUUUAUGAAAUUUGGAGAAAGAACAUCAUGAGAAGCAAUAAAAUCAUUGGUACAUUAAGUGAGUAUCAAGCAUGUCGAGAAUUACUGUGGAUGUUUCACAUUCCAACAUCAAUGGCUAUAUUUCAAGAGGAAAAUGAUAAAGAUUUCUCUAUACGUGAUGUGUCAAUACCAAGUUUGAGUUCAGUAGCAUUUAAAAAUAUGUUAAUUCCAUUUUGUGAAUAUUUUACAAUGAUCAGAGAAAUAGAUUUGUUCCUUGAAAAACUAUUCAAGCAAAAUGAUAGUUAUAAACCACCACUUACUUAUGAAGCAUAUGCCAUAGCUCUACAGCAAGAACUAUUAGAUAUUAAAAAAGGAUUUGUUGAAGUGGAAGUAGAAUUAAUGACCCAAAACGACCAAAAAACAUUUCUUGUUAUAUCAAGAAGUUUAGAAAAGUAUCUUAAUCGAUUAAAAUUAAUUUAUAAAAUUCAUAAAAACGUCACUGAAGACUGGGAAAAAUUAAAUAGUUGGCAGUGUGCUUCUAAACUCUUGUCAAAACUGUACUUCAAAAUGCAAGACUCUAAUAGCAUUGAAACAAUAAAUCUAUGUGCCAUGUUGUAUCUUAGUAGUCUAUCUGUAUACUUAAAUAUUGUUGACAUUUGGCUAAGUGAAGGUAGAUUAGAAGAUUGGAGAGAUGAGUUCGUCAUUGUCAAGUGUAACGAAACCAUUGAAAGUUGCUCUAGAGAAGAUAGUAGACCUUUAGAAGGUUUUACGUUUCGAGAACUUGAUCCGUUAUGCCUUAAAGAUCCAAUAAUGAAUGUUUUGGUACACAAAGUGUAUCAAUUCGGUCGUAGUAUCGAACUUCUUGUGACGUUGGAUCGCAUGUCCGAUUUCUGGAAUAUGAUGGACAAAGAGAAAGUUGCAAGAAACAAAUUGAGCGAGGAGUAUUUUAAAGAAAUUCUCAAUAAAAGCUCAAAAUAUGAUUACCUAACAUUCACUGACACAACUGACGCGGCACCACUAACAAUUAUUGAAGUACCUGUUCGAACGACUUACGAUUCGGAAAUAGCGCAGAGUGUAAUCCAACAAGUAUCAGCAUCAAACAAUCCAUUUCUUACAAAAGCUUUAGAAAGUUUUAUUUUCGAAGAUCAAAGUACAGACAGCAUCGAUGCAAUAAACUUCAGUUCUAGUCAGCCAGAUAUAGAAAAUUGCAAAUUGUUUGAUUUUCUAUCUAAAUUGAAAAUCGUAUUGCCAUGGAGAAGAAUCUUUGAAUACGGAAUCUCGAGGGUCUUAGAAAUGAAAUUCACAGGUGCUAGUAAGUUGGUGAAAGAAAUUCUCGUUCGUGAAUAUAAAUUGGAAGUUCAAUUGAAGCUCAUGCGUUCAGUUUACAUGAUGGAAACAAAUCAUGUUAUGAAUAAUUUCUGCAAACUCAUUUUUACAGAGAUCGAGUCAAGAAGCAUGUGGAACAAUGCUUAUUACGUAAGUUGUCUCCUGGAAGAAGUUCUUACACAAGAAUGGCCUGACUCGAGUUCACGAUGGUCGGUAACAGUUUCAAAUACACGUACGACUAAAAUUCUCGAAGCUAUUGACGGUGUUAAGCUUGAUUACGCCGCUGGUUGGCCUAGCAAUAUGCUACUCAAUGAUGAAGCACUCGACAAGUAUAAUCGAGUUUUUAGGUUUGAAUUGAAACUAAAAUGGGCACUUUGGACACUAAAUAAUCUGCAGUUUACCGAUCUAGAAGGAACAGACACGGCCGCUAAGCGUGAUAUCAUACAACACUUUCACAUUCGAAGGCUUGAAAGCUUGCGAUUUUGGCUUCUACAUGCGAUUGGUUCUAUUCACGCUUAUCUUUCUGGUCAAGUAUUAUUGAGUUUAGGAUCAGUGCUAGAUAAAUCUCUAUCAUUGGCUAAUGAUUUAGAGACGAUUAUUACUGUGCACAACGAAUAUUUAGACAACGUUCAAGAACAUUGCUUACAAACUGAAAAGUUUAAGGAUCUAGCUCAAAUAAUACACAAGCUACUGGAGAUGUGCGAUGAUAUCCGAAGUAACUGGUCGCCCAAAUCAUUAUCCUUUAUCGGUAAAGUUUUGGAUCAAUUAGAGAACGAUUACGUGAAGCAUCAUACGAGCCUUGCACUUGGACUUCACAAUGCAGUGCAGCACAAGGAUGCUGAUUACCUGACUGGUUUGAGUUCUGCCUUUAAUUGCAGUAUGCCGUCGACUUAGCAUAGCGGCACAAAUAUGCAAUACACAUUAUAAAUCCUCGACUCAUAUAAUCUAGUAUUAGAGUAGAAAUAUAGCAUAUUUUGUGCCCACGGCUCAUCGACGAAAAGAGUUUUUGUCCUAGCUAAUCAUCUAACACUCCUGCAAGAGAGAUUCAUUUAUUUGAAUUUUUUUUUGUAUAAAUAUAAUUAAUUGCUUUGAAAGUUUCAUCAGCAGUUCAAGAAUCAUUUGUUGUACACAUUCUUUAUUCAUCCAGUUUUGCAUAUAUUAUUUCACACAUUUUGUAUGUAGGUACAAUAAAGUUUCUUCUUAUGUAUGUUUUUACUUUUUUUAAUUCCAAAGCACUAAAACACAGUAAUUUAUUAAGAUUUCCAUCGUCCUUUAACCAAUCUAUCAUUAUUUUAUUUCAAUUCGCUUUUAAAAAAAAUUACAAAUAUUUAAUAUAAUUAUAUUUAUAUUAUAAUAUUUUAUGAAAAAUAUUGUAAAUUUAUUUUCCAGCUUAAAAUCAAAACAUUUGUAACAAUUUACUGUAUCAAAUAUUUAAAUAAUUAUAUUUUUAUAUAGUAAAUAGAAAACGUAAAUUUAAUCACAGUUUAGCCUACCAAAGAUUACUUAAUAUUUAUAUUCCUUUCUUCCUUUAUUCCUAUCGUUUCCAGGUAAACUUCUACUAACAAUAGUUCCUGGAAUUAAAAGUCGAUUUCGUUCGGUACAAGAUCAUAUCACAAAUCUGGGACGAAACAUUUUCAACGAGAUAGC